AGGCUUCAGAAACUUGAGCGUCGAUUGGUCUAAUGACAGGGGCAGACAGCCGAUGAUUGGGCGAAUUGUGCAAUCUGCACAGCGGCACAGGCGGAAGGUGGGAGGAGCGUUGUCGAGGGUGGCCUGAGGUGAGAGCGAGGCUGCGGAGCAGGCGAGACGACGGGCGCUAGAGAGGACGCGGCGCUAGAGUGGCGGUGCAAAGGGACCUGCAGCCCGUGGCCCGGCCUGGGGCCGGCGAGACGGCUAAGGCGGCCCAGGGCCUUGCUGCUGCCAUGACUGAGGAGAGCGAAGAGACAGUCCUGUAUAUUGAGCACCGUUAUGUCUGCUCUGAGUGCAACCAGCUCUAUGGAUCCUUGGAGGAGGUGCUUGUGCACCAGAACUCCCACGUGCCCCAGCAGCACUUUGAGCUGGUGGGCGUGGCUGAUCCUGGAGUCACAGUGGCCACAGAGGCAGCUUCAGGCACUGGCCUAUAUCAGACCCUCAUACAGGAGAGCCAGUACCAGUGUCUCGAGUGUGGGCAACUGCUCCUGUCACCCAGCCAGCUCUUGGAGCACCAGGAGCUACACCUGAAGAUGAUGGCACCCCAGGAGGCAGUGCCAGCUGAGCCACCACCCAAGGUGCCCCCUUUGAGCUCCAGCACCAUCCACUAUGAGUGUGUGGACUGUAAGGCUCUGUUCGCUAGCCAAGAAAUGUGGCUGAGCCAUCGCCAGACACAUCUCAGGGCCACGCCCAACAAGGCUCCUGCCCCUGUUGUCUUGGGGUCCCCAGUUGUCUUGGGCCCCCCUGUGGGCCAGGCCCGAGUGGCUGUGGAACAUUCAUACCGAAAAGCAGAAGAGGGUGGGGAGGGGGCAGCUGUUCCGUCUGUAGCUGCCACCACCGAGAUGGUGACAGAAGUGGAGCUGCUCCUCUACAAGUGCUCUGAGUGCUCACAGCUCUUCCAGAUGCCCGCUGACUUCCUGGAGCACCAGGCCACCCAUUUCUCUGCUCCUGUCCCAGAGGCUGAGGGGCCUGCCACACAGCAGGAAACCCUGGUCCCCUCACCUACUGAGGCAGCAGUGUCUCAGCCUGACCCCCUGCCAGCCUCUGAUCACAGUUAUGAGCUGCGGAAUGAGCUGCGCAACGGGGAGGCCAUUGGGCGAGACCGCCGAGGGCGGAAGCCCCGAAGGAACAACAGUGGAGAGUCAGGUGGGGCAGCCACCCAGGAACUGUUUUGCUCAGCCUGUGACCAGCUCUUUCUCUCACCCCACCAGCUACAGCAGCACCUUCGGAGUCACCGGGAGGGUGUUUUUAAGUGUCCCCUAUGCAGUCGUGUCUUCCCCAGCCCUUCUAGUCUGGACCAGCACCUUGGUGACCAUAGCAGUGAGUCUCACUUUCUGUGUGUAGACUGUGGCCUGGCCUUUGGCACUGAAGCCCUCCUCCUGGCCCACCGGCGAGCCCAUACCCCGAAUCCUCUGCAUUCGUGUCCCUGUGGGAAGACCUUUGUUAACCUCACCAAGUUCCUUUAUCACCGGCGUACCCACGGAGCAGGAGGUGUCCCUUUGCCCACAACACCAGUUCCACCAGAGGAGCCUGCUAUUAGCUUUCCUGAGCCAGUCCCUGCAGAGACGGGAGAGCUGGAGGCCCCAGAGCUCCCCGUAUCUGAGGAGAGUUCGGCCGAGCCUGCAGCUCCAGGCACUUACCGCUGCCUCUUGUGUAGCCGUGAGUUUGGUAAGGCAUUGCAGCUGACCCGGCACCAGCGUUUUGUGCACAGGCUGGAGCGGCGCCAUAAGUGCAGCAUUUGUGGCAAGAUGUUCAAGAAGAAGUCUCAUGUGCGGAACCAUCUGCGCACACACACUGGGGAGCGGCCCUUCCCCUGCCCUGACUGCUCUAAGCCUUUCAACUCACCAGCCAAUCUGGCUCGCCACCGGCUUACACACACAGGGGAGCGGCCCUACCGCUGUGGGGACUGUGGCAAGGCUUUCACUCAGAGCUCCACUCUGCGACAGCAUCGCCUGGUACAUGCCCAGCAUUUCCCCUACCGCUGCCAGGAGUGUGGAGUGCGUUUUCACCGCCCUUAUCGCCUGCUCAUGCACCGCUACCACCACACAGGGGAGUACCCCUACAAAUGUCGCGAGUGCCCCCGCUCCUUCUUGCUGCGACGCCUGCUAGAGGUCCACCAGCUUGUGAUCCAUGCUGGGCGACAGCCCCACCGCUGCUCAUCCUGUGGGGCUGCCUUCCCCUCAUCACUGCGGCUUCGUGAGCAUCGCUGUGCAGCUGCUGCUACCCAGGCCCCACGGCGCUUUGAGUGUGGGACCUGUGGCAAGAAAGUGGGCUCUGCUGCCCGCCUGCAGGCACAUGAAGCUGCCCAUGCUGCUGCAGGUCCUGGAGAGGUCUUAGCCAAGGAGCCCCCAGCUCCCCGGGCCUCAAGGGCCACUCGAACAUCAGUUGCUCCCUCCCCAACAGCCCUUGGUGGUACAACCUCUGCUGCCCCUGCAGCCCCUGCCCGUCGUCGGGGUCUGGAAUGUAGUGAGUGCAAGAAGCUCUUCAGCACAGAGACAUCACUGCAGGUCCAUCGGCGCAUCCACACAGGGGAGCGGCCAUACCCGUGUCCAGACUGUGGCAAGGCCUUUCGCCAGAGUACCCAUCUGAAAGACCACAGGCGCUUACACACAGGCGAGCGGCCCUUUGCUUGUGAAGUGUGUGGCAAGGCCUUUGCCAUCUCCAUGCGCCUGGCAGAACAUCGCCGUAUCCACACGGGUGAACGGCCCUACUCUUGCCCUGACUGUGGCAAGAGCUACCGCUCCUUCUCCAAUCUCUGGAAGCACCGCAAGACUCACCAGCAGCAACAUCAGGCAGCAGUACGGCAGCAGCUGGCAGAGGCAGAGGCUGCUGUGGGCCUGGCUGUGAUGGAAACUGCAGUGGAGGCUCUGCCCCUUGUGGAGGCCAUUGAGAUCUACCCUCUAGCUGAGGCUGAUGGGGUCCAGAUCAGUGGCUAGCUGGCCCCCAUUUUUCUCUUCAGUAUCACCAAGCCCUGAUACUGAAGGCCCUCCAACAGCCCCUUAAAACCUGUGUACAUAUUGUACCCUCUCCUCUCCACCACUUUAUGUAUUCUGUAAUUUUUUUUGAGGGGGUUGCUCUGGAGUCCUUGAUAUGUAAAGGACCCCUCCCCACCUUCUACCUGUUUGGUGGUCUCCAAAUGAAGCAGUCUAUUAAUAAAGACUGAGU